AUGCCAGCAUAUGUUCCUUAUCCUUGUUGGCUUGGACUAAUUUUGGCUUAUGAUAAAGAAAGUUAUAACGUUAAUCAUGUAUACAUCAUUACAAUACCAGCCCUCUCCACAAAGAUCAUCAAUGCUGCUCCGUCUAAUGGUGAUAUGCAUAUUACCCAGAAAAUGGUGAACUGGAUUGCAAAUACCUACACUGUUGAAUCCUCUGAAUCUGAAGAAGAGGAUGAUGAGGAUGAAGAUAAAUAUAAUGAGGAAGGAGAUGUUGAUCAAGAAGGUACUAAUGAUGAAGAUGAAGCUAAUGAUGAAGAAGACGUUGAAGAUGAAGAAGAUGAACUCGCCACUGGCAAGAGAGAAGCCUCUGUUUAG